AUGCUUGCAGCAGUCGGGCAACCAGUGCCCAAUACCGCUCAUGCUGUCAGUGUCUCGCUGCCCUCAUGGGCGGCCACGGUGGGCUAUGAAGAAGGGCAGGAUUGGGUGGUGUCUAAGAUGCAGACUGGCUACCCAAGGUUCUUCAUUCAUCUGACGAUCCAAGAGCUUCAAAGGGAGAUUUUAAGGCUGUACGGCAGAUCUGGGGAAAGUGUCAUGCUUUUCCCGUCUCCAGCAACCGCGAAAAGAUGCCAGAAGUUCUUCUAUGACAGGGUCGAGGGGUUGGAAUCGGGGGUCGUCCGAAUUUUACAGUUGGAGCCGGUCGUCGACAAACACAGAAGACACGAGACGGCCUUCUCUGGACUGGCAUGUGCUUUCUUCCCCAAGGACUACUUUGGUGUCGCGAAGCAAGUCUGGCAGCACACUGGGGAUGGGAUAUCGAGUCGCCGAGGAGAGUUCUGUUUAAAAGCAUUGAAAGAUGGUAUACUCCAACCUGACACGGUACAAUCAAAGUCGAAAACAGACGAUAUAUUUACCAAAGGCCCUCGACGAUAUCAACGACCCACUUCCCGAAAUGGAGUGUUUCAUGACAGCGCCGCCUCCGUCGAACCUGUGGCAAACGAAACAACAAAUGACGGCGGAGACAAGGACUAUCCUCAAUUCGUAGAGGAGCGGUUUGGUCGCAACCUCAGCGUCAAAUUGGCCCAGCAGGCGAAGAUUGCGAUUCGUCGCAGAAUCAGCGGGUGUCUCACAGAUGAUGUAGAUCUGGAUCAAGCAUUGGCCCAAUCUCCCAAUAAUUGCAAUAGCAGACAAAUCGGGCUUUCGCAAGACGACGUCUAUCUCUACCCCUGUGGAAUGUCAUCAAUCUUCAACACGCACCGAAUCCUCUUGGCCAAUGCCGAGGCCAAAGGACAACCCCUCCGAAAGAGUAUUUGCUUCGGCUUCCCUUAUAUUGACACUCUCAAAAUUCUAGAGAAAUGGGGGCCAGGGUGCCUCUUCUAUGGACUCGGAAGCUCAGCGUGUCUAGAUGAUCUCGAGCGGCGUCUCGGGGCCGGCGAGCGAUACCUGGCGCUGUUCACAGAAUUCCCGAGUAAUCCGCUGCUCAACUCGCCUGACCUCCAACGCAUCCGCACGUUGGCGGACACGUACGACUUCGCAGUUGUAGUCGACGAGACAGUCGGCAAUUUCACCAACAUCGAUGUCCUCAGCCGAGCAGACGUCGUGGUUAGCAGCCUGACCAAGCUCUUUAGCGGUGACAGCAACGUCAUGGGCGGCAGUGUGGUUCUGAAUCCCCAGAGCAAGUGGUACGCCGAGCUUAAGCAGACGAUGGCGCGCGAGUACGAGGACAAUUAUUGGGCUGAAGAUGCAGUGUUCAUGGAACGCAAUUCGCGGGACUUCAUCUCAAGGAGUGAACGGAUGAACACGAACGCCGAAGCGAUUACAACGAUAUUGCAGAACUGCCCGUUCGUCAAGCAGGUGUACUAUCCGAAAUGCAGCCCCAGCCGGGCCAAUUACGAGGCCUGCCGUACGCCGAACGGUGGGUACGGCGGCCUGCUCUCUGUGACAUUCCGAUAUCCCCAGCAAGCGGUCGCAUUCUUCGACGCCCUCGAAGUUCAAAAAGGCCCAAGUUUGGGCACGAACUUUACGCUUGCAUGUCCUUACACGAUCUUGGCGCACUACACCGAGCUGGACUGGACUGCACAGUGGGGAGUGGAGGCGGAUCUUGUUCGGUUGAGCGUCGGAUUGGAAGAGCCGGCAGAGCUGACGGGCAAGAUAGAGCGGGCUUUGAAAGCAGCAGGGGACGUGAAGGUAUAA